CCCGCAAGGAAAGCAAUCUGGAACAGCUGGGCGGAACACGGAUCUAAUCAAUUCACGCCUUCCUCCCUGGCUUCGUCCCGGACUACUUCUCUCACAUCGUCGUCGCUCGUUUGUCUUGCGAUUGCCAAACAUCAACUUUCACUCGCUCUCCGUACACAUUCACUUUGCUACAGACGGCAAUAUUGGAGUAAAAUUAAGGUGAUAAUAGCACGUCACUCAUUUAUAGCAGGCCUCCCUCCUGGGAGCGGCGCUGGCGGCAGAAUCGAAGCGACUCAUAGUAUCAUAAUCGGGUAUUUCAUCUUGCAAUACGCUUGACUUAAGAAUGUCUGCUCUUCUGCGAUUCGUUGCAGUCAUUGCAGCGGCAUUGGGCGUCGCCGAUGCUGUCAGACCUGUCGAAGUUCGCCAGCAGGAGUUUGUCAUCGCUUCCACGGGGUCGCGAUUCAUGCUUCUUGGUGUAGACUAUCAGCCUGGUGGUCAGGCUGGAUAUAAGCCACAAGAAGGCUCAGAUGCGCUCACUGAUGGUGAUGUGUGCUUGCGCGAUGCGAUUGUCAUGCAGAAUCUGGGUGUCAACACUAUCCGAGUGUACAAUAUCGACCCCUCAUUAAACCACGACAAGUGCGCGAGUAUCUUUAAUGCAGCUGGUAUAUAUAUACUCAUGGAUGUCAACUCCCCAUUCGGCGGAGAGAGCAUUGAUCGUUCGAAUCCUAGUAGCUCCUAUCAUGUCGGCUAUCUCGAACGAGUAUUCCGUGUCGUUGAAGCGUUCAAAGGCUUUCCGAACACCCUCGGCUUCUUCGCUGCGAACGAAGUCAUGAAUGACGUCGGGACAUCCGCCGACAAUCCGCCAUAUAUACGGGCCGUCCAACGUGACUUGAAGCAGUAUAUUGCCAAUCAUGCUGAAAGAACUAUACCAGUCGGAUACUCGGCUGCUGACGUCCGCGAGAUCCUUCAGGACAGCUGGGAGUAUCUGCAGUGCGCUAUCGACGGUGACCAGAACGACCAAACCCGAUCUGACUUUUUCGGUCUGAACUCCUAUUCCUGGUGCGGAGGUGAUGCAACUUUCGACACUUCUGGAUACGACGAUCUGGUCACGAUGUUUUCGAAUACGACGGUCCCAGUCUUCUUCUCGGAAUAUGGCUGCAAUGAGGUCAAGCCCAGGGUGUUUGAUGAAGUUCAAGCUCUAUAUGGUCCACAGAUGACAGUUUUGAGCGGAGGUCUAGUAUACGAGUACUCGCAAGAAGAAGCGGACUAUGGUCUUGUGGUGAUCCACUCUGAUCGCACUGUCAACCUCCGGACUGACUUCGACAAUCUUGAAUCUCAAUACAGCCAGCUAAAUAUCACUUUGAUAGAGUCUGCCAACGGUACUGCCACAUCUCUUCAAGCUCCUACCUGCUCAGACGACUUGAUCACGAAUAGUGCGUUCAGCAAAAGCUUCGAUAUCCCAUCACAACCAGACGGCGUUGCAGAUAUGAUCCGGAAUGGUGUUAGCAACCCACAAAUAGGCAAACUGGUCGAGGUUACUGCAACAUCGCUGCCGAUGAAGGUUUACGGCACCAAUGGCAACGAGGUUAACUUCCAGCUCAAGAUUUUGUCCGACGAGAGUGCCAACACUCCUGGAAACAAUGACGGCGGCUCAGAUGCCAACACGGGUAACGGUGGUGACGAAGGAGGAUCUGAUAGACUCAGAAUGACACCAGCAGUGUUACUCGGCACGAUUUUGGCGGUGGUGCUUACGUUAUUGUAGAGGUCAUGGUCUAUGUUGAGAUACCCUGAUGGUAAAGACAUCGCAUAUACGAGCAUCGUUAAAAUUGUCUGAUUCAAGUUUGAGACGAGUGGAUCCAAAUUUACCAAGUAAGCUUUAUGUUAGAAAUGACGUCAUUGAAGUGAGUUUGUCCUAUGAAUAAUAUAGAGCUGGGCGAUAUGCCCGUCCCCGUUGUGCGCUCUUACUAGAUUGUU